GGGAAGCAAAACGGGUCCCUCAGGGAAAUCUUCUAGCACCAUAAUGUGGUGUAAUCUGCUUCAUGCACGAGUGAGUGCAAUAAGCUACAAUCUCCACCACUCUUCUAUAUAUAACCCAGUCGCAUUGACUGACCCAUUUACAACGCAUUAAUCAAAUCUCUGUGAAAAAGAGGCCAGGGGUCAUGGAAGUUAAAAGAGUGAAGCCACAGCUUAAGAAAAACUUGUGGAAGCCAGAGGAGGACUUGAUUUUGAAAAAUUAUGUGGAAACUCAUGGUGAAGGCAACUGGGCUACUGUGUCUAAGAGAUCAGGUUUGAUGAGGGGAGGAAAGAGUUGCAGGCUAAGAUGGAAGAACUACCUGAGACCUAACAUUAAACGUGGUGAGAUGUCCAAAGAGGAAGAAGACCUUAUCGUUCGAAUGCAUAAGCUUCUAGGCAACAGGUGGUCACUGAUUGCCGGUCGGCUUCCUGGUCGGACAGACAAUGAAGUGAAGAACUACUGGAAUACCCAUUUGAACAAGAAAAGCCUAAUUAUAGGCAAAAGAAAAACAACCGAACCAGACCACAAACAACGGGAAGACAACGACGAGAACAUGAACAGGGAGAAGAAAAGUCGUCCAUGGUGUACUGAUCAUUCCGAGCCCAGUGGAAGCGCAAUAUGUUUGAGAAGAACCAGAUCACAAUCUGAUCUAGGUCUGGAUGAAAGGAACAUGAUUAAUAAAGAAGAGAAAGAUCAGGCCGAAAGCACGGUCACAAAUCCCUGGAUUAAUAUCGAUGAUCCAAACAGCUUCAACUGUGAAAUAGAGUACCCAAUGCUGAUCACUGGAAAUAGCAAUAAUAAUGCAAGACUCAUCUUUGACGAUGAGCCUCUUAUAGCUUACUUGGAUUCUUUCAUCUUGUUCGAAGCAUUUGGAUGCGAUGGUGAGAACGUAGGCAAGUGAACCCCUCACCCCGGCCAGCAGUAAACGAUCCCACCUGACAAAAAGAGCAUUUAAUGGUAGAUACUUGGGGGUUUGGGUAGGAGAUCAGUGGGUGCCAGCAACUUCAUGAUCAAGAGUUGCAGUGCCAUGUGCCAUCCCCUGCACUGUACUGUUGUACUUGGAGGCCAGUGGGUGCAGUUCAUUACAAUAUGGUGUAUCAUUAUUGUAUGCAUAUAAUUGCCCACAUCUACUUCGUACA